UCCCAAAUUCCAGCAGUCUCAGAAAAACAAUAAGAGCAGAAAAAGUAGAGAGAGAGAGUCCUAGAGAACGGAGGACAACCUCGUCAUUUCGGAGAUCGAUCUUAAUCUUUGGUUCGUGAAGAGAGAGAAAAAGUGUGUGUGAGUGUUGAAGAAGAGAAUUCUCUCGACUCCGUUUCUGAUUAGGGCAUUUUGGUGUCUCUAGAAAAAAAAAAAUGGAAAGAAGCACUCCGGUGAGGAAGCCUCACACUAACACUUCAGAUCUGCUCACCUGGUCGGAAAAUCCGCCGGCCGAUUCGCCGGCCACCUGUUCUGCUGCUCAAGGUGCUCGAUCCUCGGCUCGUUCUCACCAGCCGUCGGAUGGAAUCAGUAAGGUGGUAUUUGGAGGUCAGGUUACAGAUGAAGAAGUUGAGAGCUUGAAUAAAAGGAAACCCUGUUCGGGGUAUAAAUUGAAGGAGAUAACUGGUAGUGGUAUUUUUGCAUCUGUUGGAGACAAUGAUACACUAGAAUCUGACAGUGCCAACCCUAAUCCAUCUAAUAAGACAGGAUUACGUAUGUACCAGCAAGCAGUAGCUGGAAUCAGUCACAUUUCAUUUAGCGAAGAAGAAACUGUUUCUCCUAAGAAGCCUACUACACUGCCUGAGGUUGCAAAGCAGCGUGAGCUAAGUGGGACUCUAGAAAGCGAGGCUGAGGCAAAGAUGAAGAAGCUACCUUCUGAUGCUAAGUGCAAGGAGCUAAGUGGGCAUGACAUUUUUGCCCCACCUCCAGAAAUUCAACCUCGGCCAUUGGCUGCUCGUGCAUUGGCGUUAAGAGAAAGCAUAACCAUUGGAGAGCCUGCACCCCAUACCGUACACACAUCUGUCAAAGUCUCUCAUCCUGCUGGAGGUCAGAGUAAUGACAUGUUCAGUGAAGAACCCGUCAUCAAGACAGCAAAGAAGAUUCCUAACCAGAAAUUUACUGAGCUUUCAGGAAAUAACAUUUUCAAGGGAGAUGCUCCUCCAUCAUCUGCUGAGAAACCACUCAGUUCAGCCAAGCUGCGAGAGAUGAGUGGCAGUAAUAUCUUUGCUGAUGGAAAGGUAGAAUCUCGGGACUACCUUGGUGGGGUCCGCAAGCCUCCUGGUGGCGAGAGCAGCAUUGCCUUGGUGUAACUUGUUAGGUCUAACUCAAUUGAUUUACAUUAUUAUUCCCCGUUGUUUUUUUUUAUCUUAUUCUCUGUGGGGAUGUGUUCUCAUGAUUUUACUGUGUUUUUGGGUAUUGGUUUCGUUAACAUGUCGACCAGUUAUGUGGACUGCUGGGCUAAUUGUGUUGUAUGUCCAUAAUCCUGUGUUUUCCAUGCCUCUAUAAAGUGUUUGGCUGUUCACUGAAUUUAUUUUUGCUGCUUGAGGAACUCAAUGUAGUAGUACCCUGGAAAAUCUAAAUUACG